AUGGGCGUAACCGUUGGGACGGAGUACCCGCCCCAGCCGCCGGCGGAGCACAUCCUUGUAGUUCCCAGGAAGCUUCCAACACGAAGAAUCCGCAAAAGACAGCACAAAAACACCGAAGCAACGAUGGUGCGGUAUGGACCGAAGCAGUGUAGACAUCCGGACCUACCUGAUGGCAUGAAGGGUCAUGCGUCUACAUCCACUACGCACGGGAGAACCGGAGACCCACUGCUCCCAGCAGCCGGUUCUAUGACCUUGGAGAGUGAUGAGAGCAACACCCGCCUGCUGUGUGGUAGUAAUAUGUGUCCUGCGAGCGGGUGGUUGCCGCAUGUGAGGAUGGACACAAUCUACAUCGAAAAAGGCCGCGCACAUCACCUCGACCUUCCCAGUCCCGCUCCCCAACUCCACCCCCUCCACACCGCAGCCCUCCAACAGCAACACCAACUCAUCCAGCAAGGACAGCACCCCCACUCGGCUCCCCUACUUUCCCCUGCGACUCCCGCUGCGACCGCGAACAUGGCCGGCGCAAUCGUUAACGAGUAUGCCCCGCACUUGGCCAUGGACGAGUCGCCGGCGAGCGUCAAUGCUUUGAAGUAUUGCUAUAGGGCGGUUCUCAGGCCGGGUGACCAUUUGAAUGUUUUUGCGGCGGCUCAGGAGGCGAAGGAUGAGGUUCAUCUGAUCAAACGGCUAAGCAGUCUAAUCAACGCCGUGAAAGAAUCCUUCCCACAUCUCCACCACACCGUCCGCGUCUCCCUCCACGUCGCCGCCCUCCCCACCUCCCAAUCCUCCACCGCCACCUUCUCUACCACCAACCUCGUCAACACCCUCACCUCCCUCGCCUCCUCCACAACCGCCGCGCUCUCCCCAUCUUCCUCCUCUACGGACCUGCCCCUCCACACAACGCGUACCCAGACUCCACCGCCUGUCCGAACAUCUUCCACCCGCUCGUCUCCGUCCCGAUCAUCGAGCCCGCCCCCGUCGUAUGCGUCCCCGGCCGGCACACUGAUCUUGCAGUACAUCAAGCGACACAAUGUGAAGCAUCUGAUCAUCGGCACCGGCGAGCAGCCCAAGGUGCAUUAUGUGAUGCCCUCGGGACCGUGGUCCGUUACUAGCGCCGUGUGCUUUGGGAGCGUUGCUGGGUUUGUCGUGGAGAAUGCGCCGACGGAUGUUAUGGUUGUCGCCGUGAGACAUGCGAAGGAGCGGAAGAGGGUUGUGAGGCAGAGGGAGUUCGAUGAUGACGAGAUUUAA